AUGUUGAUAUGGACUUACAGAGUAUCGCCUCCUGGUGGAGAUUUUGCUGAUCCUGUCACAUCCGCUACUCUUGGUAUUGUGCAGGUAUUCUGGGGAUUGGAUAAGAAGCUUGCCCAACGAAAGCACUUCCCUUCAAUCAAUUGGUUGAUCUCUUACAGUAAAUACAUGCGUGCUUUGGAAGAUUUCUACGAAAAGAGCUACCCCGAAUUUGUUGCACUGCGAACGAAAUGCAAAGAGAUUUUGCAGGAAGAAGAAGAUCUUUCCGAAAUCGUGCAACUAGUAGGUAAAGCUUCGCUCGCCGAAUCUGACAAGAUCACUCUCGAAGUUGCCAAGCUCAUCAAGGAUGACUUCCUCCAACAGAACGGAUAUACCCCAUAUGACCGAUUCUGCCCAUUUUACAAAACCGUAGGGAUGUUGAAGAAUAUGUGA